GAAAAAGAGUUGCAGGAACAAGAAGGACGAAGAAGAGAAACUAGAAAAUCCUUUUAAACGCAGGAAUUUUUGUUAUUUUAAAUGGCCUGAAAAUGACGGCACUCAUUGGUGUUUUGCGAACAAACUAGUGUAAUCCGCUUUGCAGUUGCUGAAAAGUUUAUAAAAUGCAGUGGAAAACCCGUGCACCUGUGUGUUGUAAUUAGAUUAAGCUGCAAAUAGAAGAACGGAGCGCACCACUUCCACCAAUCCGCUGGUGGCUGGCCAGAUCAACAACACCGUCAAACUGAAGCACCAUCCUAUGAGCAUGAACAAAAUCCUGCUGGUGCUGAUCAUUGCCAGUGGGUUCCUGCUGAUAAUCUACGCCAACAGUAGCAUCUUCAAUCGGCGGAAUAUUCUGAUGAUUUUUCAAAAGACUGACGGUUUUGAUGGUGCCGAUCAUCCGGAAGUGUUAGAUAACAGUCUGCUGGCGGGGGGUGGUGGAACGGCGGCCAAGGUGGCUCACCUGAUAGGGGGUGACGGUGGCGUUGCACGGUUCGGGGAACUGAAAAGGGUCAAGUACGUCCCGAAGGAGAACAAUGCCACCGAGUAUAAUAUCUUUGUGAUCUACACGAAGGAAAGCCAGAACUCCAACCUGAGGGACAAGUUCGAGCUGUUCCUGAAGAGCUUGCUCAAGUAUGCCACCAUCCCGAUCCAUCUGCACGUGAUUACGGACGAGCAGAGCGAAACGUCGGCGGAGGAGCUGAUCCGGGAGCAGAUUGCCCACUACCGGAAGGUGGUGUUCUACACGCUGUACGACGUGAAGGACUGUGCGGAGAAGACGAGCGACAUUGUGAAGAAUAUGCUUCCGUUGUUCAACUAUAAGACGGGAAGCUACUACAGCGACGCCCUGUUCCUAAUCUCGCUCGGACUGCACCGGAUCGUCGACGUAAACAUGAAACGGGCGAUAAUCAUCGACUGCGACGUGGUGUUCCGUUCGUCUGUCAAGGAUCUAUUCGACGAGUUCGAUCGGUUCGGUUCGGAGCACCUGUUCGGCCUAGCACCGGAACUGACCCCGGUGUACUUGCACAUCCUGUUCAAGUACCGAGCCCAAAAUCAACACACCCUGUUUGGAACACCAUACUACAUGAACAAAACAGCAAUCGGCAAUUCCGUGGGUGGUUUCUUCAGUCGAACGGCGAAGAAAACCAAGCACGGCUAUCCGGGGCUGAACUCAGGGGUCGUCAUGCUCCGGCUGGAUCGCAUCCGGCAGUCUCGGCUGUACGCGGAAAUCAUCAAACAGGAAUCGGUCAAGAACAUGGUGGAGAAGUACUCGUUUAAGGGUCACCUUGGCGAUCAGGACUUCUACACGCUGAUGGGAUUUGAGUUCCCCGGGUUGAUCUACCGGCUGGACUGCGUCUGGAAUCGCCAGCUGUGCACCUGGUGGAAAGAGAACGGCUACGGUAAGGUAUUCGACAGUUACUUCCACUGCGAAGGGACGAUCAAGUUGUACCACGGGAACUGCAACACCCGAGUGCCGGAGUAGGUUGGGGUGGUGGCGGUGGUGGUCCUCUCUUGCCAUAUCUUCGUAGGGAUUUUUUGUUGGCCUAAAUCUACUCUAUCUCUCUCGCUCUCUAAACCCAUUCAUAUCCUAUCGUUCACCCACUUUCAUCCUCUCCAUAAAUCUAAUGUUUACGAAACGGCAAUACGAAUCACGUACUCUAAAAACGCUUCCAGAGCUAUAUAAGGUUAGAUAUCUCUUUUAAAGUUUCCCCUUUUCCGUUUCUUUAAAAAGGCAAAAACAUUCCAUUUUUGUGAUCUCAUUUUAUAAAAAUGAUCUUUUAUUUUAAUUUUUAACACAUUAACAUAUUAGGUGUAAGCAAUACUAAUUUUAAACACACACAUACACUGCCGGUAUACGCAUAACUGUCCAUAAGAAUACAGUAAAAGCAUAGUUGAUUUUCGCAACAGAUGUCGCUAGUAAAAACUGAUGAUUUUUACGAAAUUAGAACCUGUUGGUACAAGUGGUAGCAUUUAUUUUUGAUCGAAGUGACCUACCAAAUUUUAGUUUUCUGCUUUCGCUUCUAAAAUCGCUAUUUUCGGAGAAAAAAAAUCAUAUCUCCAUUCAUAAUGUUUUUGAAUAACUGGUAGGUGGCGUCAUGCUGUCAGUAAUUGUGAGAUCAAAACUGGCAGCUUGCAUUAAUCCAUUGCAAAGCAUUUGGUAAAAUUAUGCGUAUAACGACAGGACUAGCGUUCCAAGAAAAGUUGUGCCACUUAAAUUUCAGUGAAUCUUUUAUGAAACAUAGAUGGCAGCACUAAUUACGGAACAAAAUCUACAUACACAGACAAACAAAUGUAACGCUUCAUUCCAUAAGAAUGCUGACGUUUUUAUGCAAUCCAUUUCACUUGCUUAGGUUCCCGAGGUUCCUGACGACCUACUUGCAGGAAGCCAUGUUCGAAGUGUUACGUAUGUUUGUCUUUGAGAUAAAGUGUACAAUUCUACUAAUUUCUAAACAACUGCUCACGGAGCAAUGUUUCAUCUUCCACUGUUUUGUUUGGUUCAAUGCAAUAUAGUUACGAAGGGAGGUCACGCGACUUUUCUUCGAAAACUAAUUCUCGAAACGUAAAACACCAGUUGCAAUUCUAUUGAUGCAAUUUAGUUAUCAUUGAUUUAAUGUCAAAACUAAAUCUAUUUCUCCGUUCUCUACCUAUGUAAGUGUUACUUAUUAUGAUUGAUUUUAUUAGAUUCUACGCGAACGAAUAUAUACAAACGUACGUGCGCAUAUAUAAUUUAGAGUUGAAAAAAGGAACAGCUCACGACAAAAUACGACAGUUGACGGCGGUAGUAGCAACUUUCCAGGAACAAUAAUUAUGCAUUUCAUUGAAAAGAGAAAAAAAAAAUGCCAUAAAUAGCAGACUAUAGUAUGUUGUUUCGACUGCUGAAAAAAAAAACAAUACUAGUGUGUUGAUAUGUAUAGAUGGCGAUAGCAACAGUUAAUUGACGGAAAACAACUUUAGAUUGAAGCAACCAAUAUAAUCGACUGCAAUUUUGAUUUCAUAGUGAGCGAUGAUAAAAAAAACAAAACAAUUACAAACAUAUAAACCGACGAAAUUAUAUGCUGAAGGAAUUGAAUACAGUUUUCUUUUUUGAAACUAGACAUUGAACAUA